AUGUACAGAUUGACUGUAAGGAAAAGGCGACUUUGCGGAAUUGAUUUCAGAAAUUCGGCCAUAUCGUCACAGGUGAUCGGACCACAAGAUCCGCGCUCAUUUGAUGUCGCAUCGAUAACAUAUGGAGGGAGCAAGGAAUUGGCACUGACAACUGCUUGGGAUGUUUGUUUGUCUCUACCCUACGGGUUUGCGGUUAGGUACAAAGACCGGGGAACCUGCACCAACCUAAAACCUUUCAAUUACUACCCAAAUCUCCCUAUGUUUUCGGGUUACCAAUAUCGCGCUCUACUUAGCAAGAAGGGAACAGUCAAUGCAGCAGUAGCGGAUUAG